ACGGCCAGUUUUACAAGAACCUUUCCGAGCGUCUGGUCUCUCUAGUAGUCUCUACCGUGGGAGAGGCACAAAAACCAAUCCCAACAACCCCAAAUGGACUCCAUAGAUGUCCUCUACCCCUCCCCCGUAUGCUCCUAUUUAGAACAAGAACUCGAUAAGCGCUUCAACGUCCUCAAGCUCUGGACUGCCCCCAACAAAACCCAGUUCAUCAAGGACAACUCCACCUCUAUCCGCGCCAUCGUCGGCCACGGCGGCGUCGGAGCCGAUGCCGAGCUUAUCGAGAGUCUACCCAAGUUGGAGAUCAUCUCCAGCUUCAGCGUUGGGAUGGACAAAGUCGACUUGAAGAAAUGCAAGGAGAAGGGUGUGAGGGUCACCAACACCCCCGACGUGUUGACCGAUGACGUGGCUGAUAUUGCUAUUGGGUUGGCGCUGGCGGUGAUGCGGAGGCUGUGCGAGAGUGAUCGGUAUGUGAGGAGCGGGAUGUGGAAGAAGGGUGACUACAAGUUGACCACAAAGUUCACCGGAAAAACAGUUGGUAUCAUCGGUUUGGGAAGAAUCGGCAAAGCAAUUGCCAAGAGAGCUGAGGCUUUCAGUUGCCCCAUUGCCUACUUUUCCAGAACAGAAAAACCAGAAUUGAAGUACAAGUAUUAUCCUACUGUUGUGGAACUGGCCUCCAAAUGUGAUGUUCUAGUUGUUGCAUGCGCACUUACUGAAGAAACCCGCCAUAUUAUCAAUCGUGAAGUCAUUGAUGCUUUGGGGCCAAAGGGUGUUCUCAUUAACAUUGGAAGGGGUCAUCAUGUUGAUGAGCCUGAGUUGGUAUCUGCACUGCUAGAAGGCCGAUUAGGUGGUGCUGGCCUUGAUGUGUAUCAAAAUGAACCAGAAGUGCCAGAGCAGUUGUUUGGGCUUGAAAAUGUGGUGCUCUUGCCUCAUGCAGGAAGUGGCACUACAGAAACUCGUUGUGCAAUGGCUGACCUUGUUAUUGCGAAUCUUGAGGCUCACUUUUUGAACAAACCAUUGCUGACACCUGUGGUUUAACAGUUUGAGCAUCCAUAUAUAUAAAGUCCAAUGGAGGCAUCGUCUUGUUCUGGCACUACUGUAUUUAAUAGCUAAGAUGAUUGUUUCAGAUUGGCUAACAUGUUGAAACAGCUGAAUAAUACUAGUCCAUUAUUGAAAUAACCUCCUGGCAUCUUAAAAGUUAAAAUACAUGCUUGGUUCUUGG